UCGAUCGCGAACCGCCAGAGCCGCCAAAUACCUCUCGUACAUCUCCAAGAACACCAAGAACAGGAGGUAUUCAUAAAGAGGAGGUGCGAAGAGCUGGCCCUCACUUUUUCAAGGCAGCCGCAGAACACUACGAGCCCCGAAUCACUGCCGCGGCUGACUCACGCGGAUGCUGUGCUGCACCCUGCACUGCACAUGGUUCGAAGCACACUUCAGGGGACCAGUGCAUGCCCCUGAUGCAUCGUCGCGGUCCCGGGGAUCAUGGCAUCGAUGAGCUCGCUUUCGCCUUGUCCAAGGUAGCAGCGGAACACUACGGGCAGGCCCGGAGUCACCGCACCGGCUGGCUCACGGGCGUCGUCCUGUACUCUCCACGGCACUGCGUGUGGCUUAACCGGCCAAGCAGAGGGUCACUGCAUGACCUUUAUGAGGCGUCGCUAGCCAUUGUUUCAAAUCGUCCUGAUUCAUGGGCCAAGCCUUUCAAGACUGCACUCUUAGGCCCAGUCCUUUUUGGUGGAUCGGAUCUUGCCAUCUUCCCCUCUCGUGGCUUCCUGUUGUACUUAAAUAAAUUGUCAUAUUUUUUUCUUAUGGUGGUGCAUACGUUUUGCCACACUUCACAAAAACAGUGUGGUGAAUCCAUGCCGCAGAUUACUGUGAAACGUGCAGGAAGGGUAAACUCCGAAAAGGUUUAUGGAAAGAAGAUAGACAUCCCCCAUUAUUUUUUUCUGGACACUCUAAGCGUGCUAUCUACGCAGUAUUUCUGCCUAUCAUGGCAUCGGCUUUUGACCAUUCACGCUUGCAAGGAAAGGCUAUCAGCAAGAAGGGUUACGAAGUCUGUGUUCUGUUUGCAUUUAAUUACUGAAACAAGAUUUAUAGACUUUACCAAGUGUAUUUUAACAUAACUAAAUGUUUAAACUUUAGAUCUUUA